AUGACUACCUUGGAUCCGGAAAACUAUGCAAACUACCUGCCGGAUGAGUUGCUGCUUGAGAUCCUCGGCCACUUCGAGGCGUGGGACAGACUCGAGAGGCAAAUCACCUUGGCUCGCUUCUCCGCCGUGAAUAGGCAAUGGUAUGAUGUUGCCAUACAGCCACUGUACGAAGCUCCUUUUCUCCAAGGACACGGAUAUGACCUCUUUGUCCGCACCAUAAGUCCCUCUGUCAAUGCACGCAUCAAGCCAUCGCCAUUAUCGGGCUUAGUCAAGGAACUGGAUCUAUCUCACAUUGUCCAUCAAGGCGCCAAAUCCACAACAGCCAGAUUACUAGGACGCACAAAAUCCUCUCUCGAAGUCUUUGUAGCACCGCAAGCCAGUUUCGCGAUAAAUUGCUGGGCCAGCCUGAGCAAAUGCAGCCGAUUGCGCGUGCUAGACUUGAGCCUAGUCUCAGAAUGCAUCGACUUCCAAUCGCUUAACCAAACCAUUCGGCAGCUCUCUCAACUGCGCGAACUCUACCUCCCGCGCUGCUCCUCGCGUUAUGAAAAAGCCGCAUCCCCAACAUCGAUGCUGCGGUGGCCCCCAAAACUGCAGCACCUCGCUCUCUCCGGCUCCGUGUCAGGCCAGUUCCUCUGGGACAUGCUGCAGCAGCCCAACAACUUCCCGCCUACCUUUUCCUCGCUCAGCAUCCACCACUGUCCGACGCUCGACCAUUCGGGCAUCAAGCCGCUGCUGAGGACGCUUUCCCCGACACUAACCAACGUGGAGCUGCGGGACCUGCCCGCCGUGAAACAAGGCCGUCUGAAUGGCGUUCUGGACUGGCUUCCGAAUCUCGUUUCGCUUACCAUAGCCCUCGACUACAUCGACUCGCGCUUCGGCAACAUGCCGCUGGAUUUUUCGCCUGCACGCUGGCAAGACGCCAAGCCGCUGACGAGUCUAACGCUGAUAUCCAGUGGCCGCCAGGGCGAUCCCAUGCGCAGUUUUACACCUACAGACUUGUACUCGCUGCUGGACGAGCGCUAUCUGGGCCGCCUGCGCUACGUAAGUAUAGGAUCGAGCACUGAGUGGGACAAGGAGAAUGAGGCAGAGCUGGGGGCCCUCGAGUACCUGCUUUGCGAGGAGCUGGACAGGGAGAAUUGGAUCGAGGGACGAUGGCAUUACGAGGAGAUUUACGCUUCGCUGGGCACCACGCACAAUCUCGACUACGGCGAAUGGAUUGCCGAGACGCCUUUGGGCCGGAAAAUGCGCCCGCGGUUUCGGGUGCUGCAAAAUCGAUGA